AUGCCCGGCACGCCGUUCCCCUCUCCCUCCUCCCGGUCCUCCUCUUCCUCUGCCAUCACGACCAACUCCUCCCCCUCGAUUCGCUCUCUACUGAUACUGGUCGCCCUUGUCAAUCUCGCCUGGAGUCUCUACCAGCUUCCGCUCAACCGUGUCAUUGAGCGCAGACUCUGCCGCGACUUCUAUCUCGACGCCGACCCUUCGGCAAUUGGCCAAGAUGGAAACGUGCCCGAGGAGCUGUGCAAGCUGGACGACAUACAACAGAAUCUGGGUAGCAUGAUGGGCCUCAUGGAGACGGGCUGGGUUGCUGGCGACUUUGUCAUGACCAUCCCCCUCGUCCUGCUUGCUGCCCGCUACGGCCACGCCUUUGUCCUGCGACUCAACCUCGUGCCUCGCAUCCUCGUGCUCUGCUGGACCCUCGCGGUCGGCUACUUCGAUCACGCCCUUCCCCUGCCCGCCCUUGCUCUUGGCCCGCUCUCGUCAGUCCUCGGCGGAGACUGUGUCUUCAACUCCAUCGUGUACUCGCUGGUCUCGACGGCUACCCAUGACGGUGUGCAAAGAGCCACCUUCUUCGGCCAGGUGAAUGCAGUCUCGGCCAUAUUCGUCGCCCAGCUUGGUCCUGCUCUGGCCUCUGGCACCAUGAGCAUACUGCUGUGGCUUCCUUUGUGUGCCGGCGUCGUCCUUCUUCUCGCCGCUGUGCCCGUCAUCUCCGGCCUUCCCGCAUCAAACACCGGCAGUUCUAGACGCCAGCACGACCAAGAGUCGACUGCGCCCUUGUUACCGCAAGACCUUCCCUACCGCUCGCCUCCCACGCUCAGCAUCACAAGCUUCAAGGAGUCCGUCUCUGAUCGCAUCUCCUCCGUCUUCAAGGUCAUAACCAGCUACCCGCCCAACUUCACGCUCCUGCUUGCUAGCUUCUUCCUCACCUCCCUGGCCAGCUCCGACACCAAGCUCAUGGCCCAGUACAUCUCUAAGCGAUAUGGGUGGAAGUUCACCUCGGUGGGCUACUUGCUAUCGGGAAAGGCAGUCUUCAACUUUUUCCUUCUCUAUCUCAUUAUCCCUACUAUCUUGCGUCGGCGCCGGUCCUCUCCAUUGCCUUCCUCUCAGUCUCGACGCCUCUCGGACCCGGACGUCUUCACGAUCCAAGGCCACAAGGUGGCCGAUGGACACAACAUCAGCUAUGCUCAAACAUGCCUUGUCUUUUCUGUUCUGGGUGCCGUCGCUAUAGCCAUGGCUUCGACGGUUUGGACCUUGGUACCGUCACUGCUACUUUACGCCAUGGGCAUCGCACUCCCCAUGUUUACUUACUCGCUGCUCAAAUCACCUUCGUUAUUGCCAGAUUCCAGUGGGCCGGAGAUGAGCACAGCCGGCAACGUCACUGUUGUGGUUUCGGAAGCUCAGAUUUUCUCAAUCGUUAUGCUGGUCAAGACGGUAGGCUUGCUGGUCGGAGCACCGACCAUGGCUGCUUUGUCACCUCGGCUCUUUUCACCUUCUUCCGCACACUUGUCUACAUCACCUUCCGCCCUUUGCAUACCCAUCAUGGCAAACCAACAAUUACCUCCUCCGCGCCGUCGUGGGGAUCAUUUGUUCGAGCGAUGGGGGGUUAAGCUACAUGAGGACAGCAACGGCAUCAUCUCCUCUGGAUUGCUUCCCAUAUUCCCGACUGUUGACGGACCGUACGGCCUCGCUGAAGACCUUUGGUGGACGCAUAAGCGAGCGUUGCAGGAGGCGGCUACACCCACGGACCGGAUGCCAAAGUCCAUACCGAAGCCCUCGGGCGUGCAACUGGACGAAUUAUUCUUUACCGAACGGUGGCAGCAGCUUGUUCUUCACGGGGUCAGAACAUGGGAGCUUCCUUCCCUCAACCAGGGUAUCAUAGGGACAAGUUACUGGCACGAGGUCUUCAUGACGGACCUUUCAAUCAUGCAACUUCCCAACAUCAGCGUUACAGUUGAGCAAUUCCCCGACAUCGAUCUCAUUAACGUGGACGAGAGCAAGUGGAACAAAGUCUUCCGCCGGGGCCGCUGGUAUGAUUUGCGGGGUGUUGUGUUGGAAAAGGACGCCAACGGGCGCCCUACAAAUACUCGAACUUGGAGUGUAGACGAUAACGGCAUCUGGGGUGAACUGCGAGUCGUGAUUGAGAUGGCCAACAGGAUGCUGCAUCACGUCAUUUACGGUGAUUGGCUUUACGCACUGCUGGAGGGAACCUUGGUCCCGAUCCCGAAUGUCCAGCCAUUCCAGCCAGGAAAGAAUGAUCCCUUCUUUUUGCCCCGGCGGAUGGUUUCGCCCGGUGAAGCUGGAACAGGGCCCAAACAGCCCGACCAACGGAUUGCCCAACGAUUAUGGCAGCAAGUUGAGCUUUUAUCAGAGUGGAUUAUCUGGUCCUUCUUUGAUCCGCGGGACUUGGACAAGUAUGGGUGUGUGAGCAAGACGGGUGUCACAUCUGCUUACUGCGACACAGCAGCAAUCCGGACGGUGAUGCAGAAACGUUUAGAUCCCAACGCUCUUCCACACCCGCGUGACCCUGAUGUAUUCAGCGAUAUCAAAAUCAACACUAUGCUUCUCGAAGCGUUGCUCACCAUCUCAAAUACACCAGAAGAAGUUGCUUCCAAACACACCACGCGGCUCGAUUUAGCGUUUGUAAUGGUACACGAGCUUAUGCAUGCACUUUAUCAGGCGAACGUCUACGUCAAGUCUGGCUGGGGCGGGUGGGAAUAUGAACCCCUUUACCAGAACGAGAACUCAGCGGAACUGGGCUGGUCACAGGAACAGUCCCUUCUUGACGCCGUCAGAAAUAUUGGACCUUUGAACGUCUUUAUGCCUGACAGCGACUUCCUCUCCCGGGCUGGCCCUGCGUUUACUAUUACAAGCUCGUGGCUUGAUAACCCGACGCAACGCGCAAAGGGCAAAGAACUACAGGAGUUGUCCGAUGGUUCCUAUCGUGGUGUGCUGGAGAAAGUUAUCACUCAGCUGGGCCCCCUACCUACAUACUGGUGUUCCCGGUUCCAGUCCCAGAGCUUCUGGGAUUCUCACGUUGCUGUAUACGGGCAAGCCGCGCUCAAAGCUGAACCAGUGGUGCUUAGUAAGGCAAGGUACAACAAUAUAGCCCAUAUGCGGCUCUACCACGCCAGGAGACACGUGCAACCGUCGCUGUUGCGUCACCAACCGAUAGUACCGAACCAGAUGCAGAGGUUCCGGCUAGAGGAAGAGCAGACGUUCCAGUAUAUGGAGUUCCGCAGAAAGCUCUGGAAAAGCCUACGGCCUUGGUACAAGCAGUCUUACAGGAUGUGGCAGAAAACCCCGUACUCGUUUGGGAAUCUACGCCGAAUGAUUGACAAAUUCAGACAGGCGGUCCUUCAACGGAACCGUACCGAUGCGGAAAAGAUAGUCGGGACCUAUAGCAGCUACCUCAAGGUCCUCGCCAGAGAUCUGAGUUCACCUUAUGUUAUGACCAAUGCCCCGCCCGGGACCGAACCCUUCUGGUUUUUCGAAUUCCACCGCCAUCCGGCCCUGUGGCCCUUUUGCAUGCUCGAGAUUAUGAUGCAUGCGUCUCUUCCGUAUGACUGGUUAAUCUCAAUGAAGAAGAAUGCAGCGCCUCCAUCCGCGCCGACAGCUACCACCAGCAAAGAAGACUUUCCCAACCGCUGGUUUCCGAGCCAGCACGCCCUGGCUGCCGGUACCUUCUUCCAGUAUCCACUCCUCUGGAGUCGCAAGAAGGACAAGCCUCGUAACGCCGGUUUGGCCAGGCCUGAUGUUACCGACCCCGGCAAAAUCUACCCGCCUAUGUUCAGCGAGGAGUUCGGCAAGCCCGACAGGCUAGGACCAUGGCCUUCACCCGAGAGGCAAUCAUCCCUUUACCAUGCCCGCUGGGCCAUGCUUAUUGCCAUCGAAACUGAGAGAACUAGAGAACCCAUGAAGAAGUACCCCAUCCCCAAGAGGCUGUGGCAGGCUCUCAUGGACCAGUACAAGCGGCUUCUUGGGCAGAACCAACGCCUUGGUAACAAGAACAGCAACGGGCAGUGGUUAGAUUUCGACUUUGCAUUUCCUCCCUAUGAUGAGAAUGAUCAGUUUGUGGUUUUGGACAGGUUCAUCAGGCCCACGGGGCCUAAAAAGAUGGGACUUAGUGCCAAGGACUGGUACGAGCAAGGCCAUGCGGACCCCGACAAGCUAAUUAUCGCGCCCAAGCUGGUGCCUGCGCCGGCGGACGCCCCCGAGGUAUACUUGCCCAGUGAGGAUGAGGGGGACGGGGAUGCACCCGAGGUUUGGCAGCGUUGGUGGCCUGUUCACCCUUAUGUGGACGUGGACAUGGACGUGGACAUGAUGGAUGCGUCACCUUGAGAGCUGCACCGGGCCGGGCAUGUCGUGUUGCUCGGGGCUACGGGGCUAGUGAGACAAUCGGUCAGUAACUCGCGCAGGAAGGAAGAAGACACGAAGGGAAGACGAAAUAGAUGAAGGAAGGGGAGGAGGAAGGAACGAAACAAAGGGAAGUGAUGAAUUGGAUCAUGGCCGGUUGAAGAAGGAAUUAGGUCCGGUAAGGUAAGGUGGGUGUACCGCAGUUUGCACCCGCUGAGGCCCAAGGUUUGUGCGGGCAGUCUGAUGGCAGUUUGGCUUUUUCUUGUAUGUGUUCUCUCUUUAUGUUUUGGUGGUCCGCUCUAUUCUGUGCCUUGAUAUUCUACGAAUAAGACUGAUAUACACC